AUAAAAAUUAUAAUUAGACUUAUAGUUAAAAUUUAGUCUAUUUAAAAAAAAUAAGAUCAAAAUUUCGUAGAUAUGGCAAAUGAAAAAUUUGAAGAUUACAUUUACAUUAAUAAAUUUUAUCUAAUAUUCAUUGGGUUAUGGCCAAUUCAGGACAAUGAUGCACUUUGGAAAAUUUAUUUUCAUAAAUUUCAUUUAUUUACAUUUACUCUCUGCUUUUGGAUGUUACUGUUAUUACCUGCAAUAUUAGAUAUUUACAUUGUUUGGGGUAACAGUUAUGCCCUUAUUCAGAAUUUGUUUAUGACAAUUCACUUACUUUCUUUAAGUCUAAAAUUUACUCACGUUGCCAUAAAUCAGACUGUUUUUAAGGAAUUGUUACAAAUGAUGAAACAUAAUUUUGAUAAUUCAUUAUGUCAUACAGCGUCAGAUGAAGAAAAAGAAGUAAUGCUUAAAUAUGCUCGUUUCGGAAGGCUUGUGACAAAAAUUUUUCUCUUUUGUAUUUAUUACUUUGAAAUUAUGAUAUUUUGUAUGCCUUUAAUAUUUGGAGCUGAUAGUGAUCCAGUCCGUAAGAAACGUUAUCCAAUUCGUGCCUGGUAUUAUUGGGAUCAAAACUCAGAUUUCUUUUACGUUAUUGCUUACCUUAAUCAGGUAAUCGUCGGGCUAGGUUUAGGUGUGAGUUAUAAUUUGGGAAUGGAUACUUUUGUAUUUGUUGCAAUUUGGCAUUCUUGUGCUCAGUUACGUAUUCUACAAGAUCAAUUAAGAAAAGUAGGCUGUACAGAACAUACUUCACAAAAAUUAAUAGAGGAACUAAUUGAAAAUCACAAUUAUCAAAUCAGGAAUGUUAAAAAAUUAAAUCAACUCUUCAGUACACUUUGUUUUUACCAAUUGGGAACAAGUUUAAUUGGUAAUUGUCUUGGAGCAUUUCUAAUGAUUGUUACUUUAGAUGAAACUUCAGUCAAUUGGUUUGAUUUUAUUUCGUAUGCUGCUUUUGUAGUCGCAAGUUUUAUUCAGAUUCUUUUAUUCUGUUGGCCGGGCCAAGAACUGAUGGAUCAGGCCUUAGAAAUUGGAAUGGCCGCUUAUCAAUCAUUUUGGACUAAUUUACCAGUAAAGUCGACGAAAAGUAUUUUUAUGAUAAUAUUAAGAACACAUCAUCCUAUGAUGAUUUCAGCAGGAGGAUUUUAUGAUAUGACAUUACAAAAUUUUACAGCAAUUGUCAAAGUAAAUAUGUCGUUUUUGUCAGUUCUAAGAGCAAUGAUAACUAAAUAGAAAAUUAAUACAUAUUGUUCUAAUUAUGAUAUCGCAAGUUAUUGUUAUAUUAUUAUUAAAUAAAAUUAUGCUAUUGCAAUUUAAACAC